UGACCGCAAACCUCGAGCAGGCGCGCGUGGGCAGUCGAUAUGAAUGCGCUUGACGUCGCGGCGUUUUUUCUUGUGCUUCGAUCGGUGCACCUCCUGGACCAGGAGACAUUCGUCACUCGCGAUCAGUGCAAACAAACUGAAGUGGCUUUGUGGCAGAAAAGUGAUUCCAUCUCGGCUGAUUGUGACUGUCCGCCCAACUAUGUGUCCCUUGCAGUUGAGAACCAUAAGCGGACAUUCUGUGUGAUGCUAACGAAACCGCAGCCGUGGAGUGAAAUCUGUGUUUCCUCAGGAAGCACGGAUGAUUACUACGAGAUAAGUGUGACGGAACGAUCCGCUCUGAACGCAUUUUUGAGAAAAACGUUUGUGACGGAAUUUUGGAUAUCAGUUCGGAAAGAAAGUGAAUAUGGUCCGCCUCUCAAGAAACUUCCCGGGAAAGAAUGGGGCAAACCAUUGGACUUCGAGGAAGAUUACGAUAUAGAGGUCAACAGAACCUCAUCGGGAGAAUGUAUGAAAACGACCAUCUCAAACAAUUAUUCCAAAGCACGUUUUGAGGAUUGCAACAAGGAGUUUUCGCAGCUUUGUGUAUACAAAAGAGACACUAUGCUACAGUUGUACUGUUCACCGGAUGAGUUCACCACCCGCUACAGUUAUUUCCAAAACUAUUGCUUCUCUAUAAGAGCAAGCGAAAACGUUCGCAACGACUGGGAUCUGUACGACGUUAAUACUCACCGGAAAUACCGGUUGUAUCAUAGUUUGGCCCGAGUAUCGAAUGCUCGGUGUGAUUACAGUGCUGUUCAAUCGAAUACGACCGCCCAACUACAACAGGUCCUGCAAUCGGCGGGUCAAAUUAACAAAGCAUUACACAUAGCGAUUCGUGAGGAUGGUAUUAUGACCCUUUCCAGUCGAAUCGACUGUUUUGUUUAUCAGUACGAGAAUACAGCGAUUGGAGAACCAAAAAUAUUCCUUAAAUUCGAUCAAAUUUUUAAAAAGCUUAUGCUGACCAUCGACCAAGGUCGAUUUCUCUGGAGAGAGGACUACAGGGAUGUUGGCGUGGUCUGCUACACAGAUGCUGAUGCUGAAUUGAUCAAGAAAGUCAAAAUUAGCCGCCGGAUAUGGCCACCGAAGCAAGAAAAGCAGCGGACUGAUCGGGAGAUUUAUGAGUUGAAGCUGUAUGGAGACUUUCCGGGAUCGUAUUGGUGUGAAGGACAUUCGGUUCCGAAUUUUACAGUUGUGAAAACUGAAAGAAUUGUUGCGCAAAGGAAACCCUCAGAAGUGGUCAUUUUCUCGGUACUACUUCAUGUUAGUUUAUACGAAGAUGACAAUGUGCUGCAUAAGCAGUAUCUCAAGCAGCUCACGAAAUCGUUCAUCAACUAUAUUGAAUCAUUCGACGAUGAGAAAAUUAAGCAUGCGGUAAGAUUGAUCAAAGCAAUGAAAGUUAUGAAGAUUGAAAUGGUUGACUAUGCCAAGCAAAGGCUCACUGCAGUUGUUCAUGUUGCUGUGAAGUAUAGCGAUGACGCGGAUGACGAAGAUGACCAGGAACAAGAAAAUGAAACCGACGAUCGAUUAGCAGAACAAUUCCACCUCCGGAGAUUGUUGCUGUUCACGUUCAAAGAAACAUGCAGCGAGCAGUACUGUGUCCGAGGAAUCAAUAGCACGGAGAUCUGUUUGCCGGAUACAACACAGCACACCCUAAACUGGCCGUCUGCGCGUAUCGGACAGGUAGUCGCACCCAGAAAAUUGUGCAUAGUGCAAUCCAGCGGACUUCCUCUGACCAGGAAGUGUGUUGGAGAUAGGAUAUACGGGGGAGCAUGGCAGCAGAUAAGCAAUCCCGUUCAGUGCUCCGCAAACGUUAGCUCCCACACCCUCAGUCUGUUCAAUUAUCACUCCAAACCGUUGGAUGUCACGGAGAUAGGACAUGUUUUUGCUGACAUCGAUCAAAUUAUGACCAACACCGUCCUAAUUCCUGCUGACAUAUUCUAUCUUUCGAAAACCGUCGACAAUAUACGCGCAACGUUAUUGAAUAAUGGCAGCACUAAUGUGACGGUAAUUGCCAAUCAAAAGGAAACCUACUAUUGCGGUGUAGCUGGAGUUCUUAAUCGGAUAAUGUUUGUUAAUGAAUCUAUUGUGCUCAGUUCGCAAGUAGCACUCAACACGACGAACAUUCUCCUGGAUUCCGCAGACGACAUAAUAAAUCAAUUAUCGACAACGAGCGGCUUCGAGGAUGUUCUCCGGGGUGGUAGUCGGGACUGUCUCGGAGCACGAGAUUGGUCGUCGGGAGGUGACGUUACCGAUGGCAGUGGGAAUGGCACGGUGUUGUUCACAACACCUAGACUCAUUCUGUUGAUAACGGAUCCUAAUGCCAGCGGAAUUUCGGGUUUGGCUUUAACGCGUAUCGACGAAAGUUUUGAAGAGUCAGAUGUUCAGUUGAACAGUUUCAACGGAUUCGAACCAAGACUAAUAUAUGCUGAUGAGUUGGAAGACGAUGUUUUUCUGGAGGAAAAUCUGGAAAUUGCCAGUUACAUUCCGAGACAUUUACUUGAGAAGAUCCAACAGCUGAAUGAACACAUCGAUGUGAAUACCACAUUGGCUGGAAGUGCCUUGCGUAUUGUUAUUUCAAUUUAUUUCAACGACAACAUUUUCAAAGAAACAACCAACGGAACUAUUUUAAGAUCAAACAGCAAAAUUAUCAGCGUCACAGUGCCUGGCUAUAGUUCCGAUUUGCCCGGGGAAUUGCCGAUCUAUUUCAGGAACAACGACGAUCAGUUGGUCAGCAAUUGUGGAUACUGGGAGUUCGAGCCCGUUGAUGCCGAUUCGAUGCCCAGGUGGUCAUACAAAGGGUGCAGUCUGGCGAGACAACUUGGGAAUGUAUCGUUUUGCAAGUGCUCCCACUUAACAGCUUUCUCACGGCUCUGUAUGGAUAUACAGAAUGUGGACAGCAGAAACCCAGAAGUGUCCCAAACACUCGUUAUCGAUUCCGUAAAAAUUUCGCUGGACAUCAUCACUGCGAUAGGGUGUGCUCUGUCUGUUAUGGGCGUGGCUGGUAUAUUCGUUACAGCUACGCUUUUUCCUACAUGGAGAAGUACAUCAAAUUCCAAGAUUUUGCUGCAACUAUCUUCAGCAAUUGCCAUCGAAAUGAUAAUAAUAUUCUUCGAUGGACCGGAUAUCAAUUACAACGAUCAUACCAGUAAAGUGUACUGCACUUUACUCGGCGCAACAUUACACUAUGUAAUUUUAGUCACAUUUAUGUGGAUGCUUGUUAUUGCGUAUCUUCAAUUCCUGCGGUAUGUAAAAGUUCUUGGACGGUUACGUCCAGCCCAUUGGAUCUUGAAAGCAUCCAUCUGGAGUUGGAUGGCUCCAUUGAUCCCUGUAUCGAUAUUCACAACCUUCGACUACACUUUGUAUCACAAGCAGGACAACUUUUCCGAUAUUUGCUAUCCGCACGGUCCUGCCCUCUACUAUGGGCUGCUUCUUCCAAUCUCCGUUGUGAUACUUAUCAAUUUGAUAAGCUAUUCACUGAUCAUUUGCAGUGUAUUCAGCGUUGCGGAUAAUCCAACACGGUUUUCCGACAGAGAUCUCACUUAUUCGCAGUUGAGACUUUCGUCUUUUCUGUUUUUCCUCCUGGGUUUGCCGUGGAUUUUUGGGAUGCUAAUCACGGUGAAGGCAGGGGAGGUGUUCUCAUACCUGUUCUGCAUAACGGCUCCACUGCAGGGUUUCAUAUUGUUCCUAUAUUUCAUAGUAAUGGAUCCGAUCGCCAGGAAAAUGUGGCGCGCCAAAUUUAUGAGUUGCUAUUGUGGCAAACAGUUGAAGAAAUCGUUCGAUAUGACAGUCAAGUAAGAACUUGGAAUUGCACAGUUUUAUAUUUUUCGUAAACUUAAAAAUACUGAUAUGUUAAAUAAACAAUCUCCAAAUAAGCACAUUUGUAGACAUUUUAUCCAUCACAAAACUCACUUUUCACUAGAAA